AUGUCUCAAUCCAGAACUUUCAAUUUUCAAGCCGUCCAUGUCAACAAGAAUCAAAAGGAUGAGCUCUCACAAUCUUCUGAAAAGAGACCGAGAAGAUCCAAUAAGAAUUCACCCAGUUCUUCCGAAUAUGAAUCUACAAUGAGUGCACAAGUCCCACCUUCCAAAUCUACUUCUCAAUCAGAACCACAAACAUCACAAUUUAAAUCUCAACAUGUGGCAUUCAAUUCUAAUGAUAAUAAUAAUAAUCAAACUAAAACUUUAGGUACAUCCACUAGUAGUGGUAGUUGCAGCACCAGCAGAACUCGUGUUGUAAAAUUACAACGUAGAAAUGGUCAAGUCGUUCAAGAUUGUGAGGUCUAUAUCGGAAGAGCCAUGACCAUGGGUGGAUGGAAUUUACCUCAUUCGAAAUGGGGCAAUCCAUACCCUGUUUCAACAUGUAAUGGCAGUGCAGAAGUGGCAUGUCAAAAAUAUAGAGAUUACAUUCUGAGAAGGGAUGAUCUAUUGCAAGAUUUGGAAGAAUUGGAUGGUAAAGUAUUGGGAUGUUGGUGUAAGUCUGACCCUACGAAGGCAUGCCAUGGAGACACGUUAGUAGAAUUGUUAGAAAUGAAGAAGAGAGGCGAAUUGGAGGAGUAUGUCCGUAAUUAUCGGAAACAAUAUCCUGAGCCAUUGUAUCCACGUUCAAAGAGGUGA